AUGUGGACUUAUCGGAAGAGCCUGUUAGCGGCGGUCUGCGUCUUCACAAUAUUCUACCUUUUCAAGUCCUCCCGAUCAUCCUCCGCAUCUACCUCGAACACGGCUUCAUUCGGAUUAGGUUCACGGGGAAGAAGCUACCCCCCCUCAUUAUCCACAAAGAAUAGACCAUCAAGUCAACAGACCAUCGAGAAUCUGGCGUCGAAGCCCUUACGAGAAAGACUACGAUAUCAAUUUCCAUACGACCUCGAAUCAAAAUUCCCUGCAUAUAUCUGGCAAACAUGGAAAUAUAGCCCAGCUUCGGGAGAAUUUGGUGAGAAUUUGAGACCACUAGAAGCAUCGUGGACAGAACAACACCCAGGAUUCAUCCAUGAAGUGGUUACGGAUGAUGCAGCCUUACACUUAAUCAAAUACCUUUACGCCUCCGUACCAGAAGUGACGGAAGCCUAUGCUUCCAUGCCAUUACCUGUUCUCAAAGCCGACUUUUUCAGAUACCUCAUCCUCCUCGCUCGAGGUGGGAUUUAUUCCGACAUUGACACGCAAGCCCUUAAGCCAGCCACCGAUUGGCUACCAAAGGAUUUUGAUAGAUCAACCGUUGGAUUAGUGGUUGGGAUUGAAGCAGAUGCUACUGACCGAAAAGACUGGGCGCAAUGGUAUUCGAGGAGAAUUCAGUUUUGUCAAUGGACCAUCCAAUCUAAACCAGGUCAUCCGGCACUUCGCGAUUUAGUUGCUACCGUUACGGAGGAAACACUUCGCAUGAAAAAACAAGGGAUACUUAAGGCAAACAAGAUGGAUAAGAGCGUCGUGGAAUUCACUGGUCCUGCAGUAUUCACUGAUGCGAUAUUUUCAUACUUCAACAAUGAAUCAUUCUUCGACUAUAGCGCCAGGGGUGCCAACAUCUCUGUUAUAGACUUUGCUGGGAUCAGCAGCCAGAAGAAGGUUGGAGAUGUUAUCGUCCUGCCUAUCACUAGCUUCAGUCCUGGAGUAGAGCAAAUGGGAGCUGGAGGGAUUGAUGAUCCCAUGGCUUUUGUGAAACAUGAAUUCUCAGGUGUGUGGAAGCCGGAAUCGGAGCGCAUGAAGAACAAUUGA